AUGUCUGCAUCACCCACCGCUCGUCAAGCCGUUUCCCACGCCCUGCCCAUGAUGGCCGUUAAGACCAAGAAGAUCGUCAUCACGGACCCCAUCCAGAUGCCAGAGGUUUACUCCUCGACGCCCGGCGGUACCCUGUACUCCACCACGCCCGGAGGCACCAAACUGAUCUAUGAGCGUGCUUUCAUGAAGAAUCUGCGUGCUUCCCCCUUGAGCCAGACGCCGCCCAGCAAUAUUCCCAGCUGCCUGAUGCGCGGCACACCACGUACCCCGUUCAGGAAGUGUGUGCCAGUGCCCACGGAGCUGGCGAAGAAGACCCAAUCGCUGAAGAUCGAGGAUCAGGAGCAGUUCCAGCUGGAGCUGUAACCCGAUCAGCGAUGGGGCCUCAAUUCCAGUCAAGCAGCAACUGCCAAAAUCAUCUAGUUUUUAUGUUUGCCCAGACACUGAUCUUAUAAUCUUAGAGAGCGUCCGUCAUUUGUUAACAAAACUUAAACCUGAAUCCAUUAUCCCAUCUUAGUCCUUAAGCCUAGCAGCACUUUGCGAUUGUUCAGUUUCGUUUUGUUGAUUCAGUCAUAUUGACUUUGUAUCUUUUUAAUCUCUAGCUCCUAAGUGAAAUGCAAUGCAAUAAAACAAUGUGUUUGAAAAU